GAGAUAUUACUAAUACCAAUGUUGUACUUUUUAGAUGAGUACUCACUCUGUUCAUAACAAAAAUAUUACGCGUGAAAAAGGGACGAAUCAAAACAUCCCAACCAUUAACCCAAAUUUUGGCAGCAGUCCAACACAUGGCGCCACCGCAGUAUACGGUGGAGAAGCUGAAAAGAAACGGAGCCGAGGAGUUCUUAGCUGACGAUAUUAAAAGACCAGCCAAAGCCGAGUACUCGUUGGUACGGACAAAAAGAGCUCUAAAAACUCUAAAAGUUCCGGAAGACGACAAACCACAGUUGGCCGUUGCACUACUACAAGACGCCGCGUAUGACUGGUGGAAAAGGAUUGAAAGAGAUCCCGCAACUCCUGAACAUAUCACAUCGGACUUCUUUAAAAAUGUUUUUAAAGAAGAAUAUGUUCUGGAUAUGUACCGAGAAGCAAAGCGCAAACAAUUUACAGAGUUGAAGCAAAAUGGUCGACCUUUGAUCGAGUACUGGCAAGAGUAUGAUAAGCUGGCAGAAUAUGGGACAGACUUGAUGAAAACACCAUGAGAAGGUGCAUUUAAUUUCUCCACACUUAAAAGUGUUACCAUCCCAAAAAAGUAUAUUUUCCAUUUAAUAAGUGUUGGUGUGAUGUUUGAUAUCCCCACAUAUCCAAUUACAACCGUCCAUCCAACCCAUCCUUUCACUCUUUUUCAAUACGCCGGAUGCACACACGAGAGACGAUGUAAUCAAAUCUGAAAAUCGGAAAUUGAAUUUUCAUCUCGAUUCAUCAAACGCCUUAACAUAGAGGGAAACGAAGGGAAUCAGAUGACGCCGAGGAUAUGGUUUGAAACCCUAGCUCCUGAUCAUAGAUCUCUGGAGCACAAGAGAUCGUGAUCAUAGAUCUCUGGAGCUCCUGAUCAUAGAUCUCUUGUGUAAUGGUUUCUGAUUGUGCAGAGUCUAUAUUGUAGUCUCUCGUUGUCAAGAAUAAAAUCAAUCCUGGGAAGUGGACGUGACUCUUAGCUUGCUAUCAUUAACGAACUAAAUGUCCCAAGCAUAGUUAUAAGUAUUUUAUUUCAUAGUGGUAAUAAAUAUCUAAAUAUCUCCUAGAUUAACAUAGAGUAAUUUUGCUGGAAUUGGCUUCAACUUUUAUCCAUUUAGAUAACUAUUUUUGCAGGAAGAGCAUUCUACCAUGGCUCAUUUGCUGACAUAGAAGCCUACAGAACCUGGGAAGUGAAAUUGCAAUGGCUCAAAUUUUACAGGAAUAGGCUUUUCAAGUAAUAAGAUAAUGGAUCUGCUCUUUGUGUUAAGUGUUGUUAGCUUUUAGGGCCUUGAGAAACAUUGUAUAUCAUAGUUAUCAUCUUAUGGUUUGUAUUGACUUUGCUUUGUCUUUGCGUAGGAUUUUAGACAUUCUAACAUGUUUUUGUAUUUAGUUUUUUAUGAGGGGCUUUGGUUUGGU